AUGGCGACCACCGGAAACGGCCAACAGAACAAGCAGGAGGCGAUCAACACUGACAUCAUCACCCUCACACGAUUCCUCACAGAAGAGCAGUCGAAACACAAGGAGGCUACCGGUGACUUCACACUUCUUUGCCAUGCCCUUCAAUUCGCGUUCAAGAGCAUUGCCUACUACAUUCGGAGAGCCACAUUGGUCAACCUUACUGGACUAGCUGGUCAAUCAAAUGCCACCGGUGACGACCAGAAGAAGCUCGACGUAAUCGGCGAUGAGCUCUUCAUCUCUGCCAUGCGCUCCUGCGGUCGCGUGCGCCUCCUUGUCUCUGAGGAGCAAGAAGAGCUGAUUAUGUUCGACGAGUUCCCCAACGCGCGUUACGCUGUAGCCUGCGAUCCCAUCGACGGCUCCUCCAACCUCGACGCUGGAGUCUCAGUCGGAACCAUCUUCGCAGUAUACAAGCUGGCCGAGGGCGCGAAGGGCACAAAAGAGGAUCUCUUGAAGCCCGGCACAGAGAUGGUCGCCUCAGGGUUCACUAUGUACGGUGCCUCCGCACAGCUCGUCAUCACAAUGAAGGGCGGCAACGUCAACGGCUUCACCCUCGACACCGCGUUCGGCGAGUUCAUCCUCACACACCCCGACAUGCAGAUUCCCAAGAAGCGCGCCAUCUACUCCGUCAACGAGGGUAACUCGCUGUACUGGGAGGAGCCGGUCAAGGAGUAUAUCAACAGCCUGAAGUACCCGCAAGAAGAGGGCGGCAAGCCAUACAGUGCGCGCUACAUCGGUUCCAUGGUCGCUGAUGCGUACCGAACGUUGCUGUACGGCGGUAUCUUCGCAUACCCCUCGGAUAAAAAGAGCCCCAAGGGCAAGCUGCGUAUAUUGUACGAGUGCGCACCCAUGGCCAUGGUUUUCGAGAACGCUGGUGGCAAGGCUGUCAACAGCAAGAUGGAGCGUAUGCUCGAAGUCGUGCCCGAGCACAUCCACGACCGAUCGGGUAUUUUCAUGGGCUCGGAACAGGAGGUACAGAAGGUCAUCGACACCCACAAGAAGUUCCAGAAAUAG